AAGCCCAGUCAAGUCGGUCAAACAAAAUGGCGUCGGGUUUUUAAUUUUCUCCUCGGUUUUUCUCGAUUUUCUCCACGAUAUCUCUUGUCUUCCUAGUUCGGGGAGUUCUAGAAGCUCUAGAAAGGAACACUUACUGCAUUACGCAAGGCCGUACAAUGUUUGGAUCAGUACCGUCAUUACAAAGGCUCGCCGCAGCUAAAAAUAAGCUCUACUCGAACAUCACAUGGCAGACACGUGAUUCUCCUAGCACGUCACUGUACAGAGAGAGAGGAAAAGAAAGAUAACUGACGUCAAAUGCUACAGAGAAGGGCGAGAGGGAGUCGGCGUCUUCAUAAGCCACUUUGACGAGUUUCCUCGUGCUUUCAUCAGUAUUCACGUCCCCUCGGAGUCGUCUCGCACGGAAGCACUACGAGCCGAAGCGAAGGAAGCAUCGCUCACUUUGCCGCAAUGCCGGAAGUAACUGAAACGCCCCGGGCUGCCGCCGCUGCCGCCGCCCAAUACCACUUCAUCGGCCGCCUGUACGAGUUGCCGGCGGUCGCAAGCGCCUGGGAGACCGCCGCUCAAUCCUACAUCCGCGUCAAGGGUAGCAAUGGACUGCUGGCGUACGCGAUCGACACCGCCGAGAAAUCGGCGGCACUGGCUGUCGAGCGCGGUCUGCCCGUCGUGAACAAGAUCGCCGGCACCCCGCUGAACUACGUGGACGGUCUGGCGUGCAAGGGACUCGACAAGCUCGAGGAAGCUUAUCCGGGCGUCAAGAAGAACGCGCCCGAGCAGAUCGUGGCGGACGCCGUGGACUUCGGUCGGAAGAAGUACGGCGAUGUCAAGGAGUACGGCUUUGCCAAGAUCAACGGUAUCAAGACUGCCUCGGCCGACACUAUUCAGCUGGUUGGACACCCGGUUCAAACAAUGACCCUGUGCAGUAACCAGAUCCUGACCUACACGAAGCAGGCGCUUGAAGCUACGGAAACCACUCUGGAUCAGCACAUCACCUCUCUGGGAUUAGAGGCGACCAAGGCCACGCCACGCGACCCGGAGCACUUGGCGCUCGUGGAACGUCUGGACAGCAUCUCCAAGAAGGCCACGACAUGCGCCACAAAGCACGCGGCCAAUCAGCUCGCGGCGCUCCAGCGCUAUGCGACCGACUCACUGACCCGCUUCCAGGUGGCGCUGCAGCUCAUAGAAAACAUGAGGGAGCACCUUGGCACCUCUAACCAACCGUUUCAGGAGACUCUCGCCAAGAUGAGCCUCGGGUCGGCUUGGCUGCAAGACCUCCUCAACAACACGUCGGAAUCCGGAGUGAAUUUUCAGAAGAACAUCUUGGAAGCCGCACAAGGUGCCCUGAGCGCCUUGACGGCAGCCCUCCAGAAGCCAGCCCUUCUUGUGCGUGGCAUGUCCGCCCAGGCUCAGGACGCCUACACCCGUCUGCUCUCGUCCGCCUCCGACAUGCUGCAGACGAUCACUGGCGUGAACAACAUAGGAGAGCUCACUUCCACGACCGUUGGCGCCCUCCAGCAGCAGGCGACGCAACUGCAAUACUCCAUUCGCCAUUUCACGUCACUCGGUCUCAGCUGGCUGGCCUCCCUCCCGAUCGUCGAGCGUCUCGUUCCGGCCGCCGCAACCGAAAUGAAGUCCAUGGGGUCGGAGACCACGCAGUCGCUGAGCUCCUCGGACGCAGAGUCCUCGUCCGACGAGUCGUCCUAGUAGUUUUGCCCGCCACCGCGCAGUCGACGUCUAGAGCUUUCGUGCUAUCGUAGCGUGGAUGCCGAUGUUUAGGUGCGCAUCAUUUGCGGUCUAGAUCAGGGGUUCUCAAACAUUUUCGUACCAGGGAACCCCAGUAAGCCCCAAAAAGUCCCAAAGAACCUUUCUUGUUGCCAACCGAUAACACUCGGCAAUAAAGGCAUUGAGAUAGCGAAGGAGAGUUUGUUGCGUUGACAAAAUGAAACAAAACUGAGGGCUACAGACAGAAUAAGAUGGCAUGAGGCUUAACCUGGGGUUCAGCGUAAAAUAUGUAUAUGUAUUAGUGCAAAGAGCGAGGUUGCUUUGCCUUCAACACAAAUUCGAUCCGUGGCUCAGUUCGUGGAAGGUUAAACUAGGGGGCGGUAAAUUAGGGGAAAACCCAAGUUUGAGAACCCCUGUUCUAAAUGUUUGCUGCCAAAAGGCAGGUAUAAUACGAGUUUUUUAGCCUGUUUAUAAGAAUGGCUGUUGCCUGUUUUUUAUCUGAUACCCACGCAUUUGUGUAAUAAAGUGUGCACUGCACGGGAGUGGUUUCCUUUUC